AAUAACCACAUACAGACACGAACAGGCAGACAAAUAUGAGAGAGAUUACAGAGAGAGAGAGAAAUAACGCUACCGUCCAGAUCUAUUCCCUACGCCCUCCAGAUCUGACUCAUCUCCAUUCAUACUGACAGCAAAGACUACCGAUCCAAUUCCAAAUACCCAUUUUUCAAGCUUCAUUGUUUUCACUAACCUUUGUUUAUACUGUGUCACAGUCACAAUUGUUCAACCGUAUUACUUAAAUUCAAGAUCAUUGAAUUUGCUAUUGAAAUAUGCGUAGAUCGGAGAGAUCUGAGUAAGAUUUCAGCUCUAAAUGGGUGCUUCACAGUCCGCACAAGUAUCCCAAGAAGAAGAAGAUGAUGAUGAUGAGGAAGCUGAUGAAGAUGAUGAUAAUGUCGAAAACCAGAGAAGAGAACUGAGUGAUGACAAUUUGGUUAAGAAGGUCUUACAACAAGAACCCGAAAUGUUACCUUGCCACGCCUCAGCAUCGCCGCUGUCCCCUCAGUUGUCGUCUCUCGGGACUCCGCGAAUCGGGCCAUCGAUCAAGGUGUGGGACCCGUACCAUGUAUUGUCUCCGCAAUUCCCACGGAGUUUCUCGUCGGAAGGGGUGGACGAGGAUCGGACGGUGACGGAGGUGUAUUUGAUUUGUCACGGGGAGUGCCACAUGAAUCUGAGGCCUGAUUUGAUUGCUGGGAGGUGCCCUGAAUCGGCACUGACGCCGAAUGGGAAGCGGCAAGCGAGAGCUUUGGCGGUUUUCUUGAAGUCACAAGGAGUUAUAUUCAACAAUGUUUAUACCUCGCCAUUGGAUCGGGCUCGAGCAACUGCUAUUUCUGUAUGCCAGGAGAUGGAUUUUUCGGAGGAACAGAUACAAUCCUCAGAUGCACUUGUUGAGCUGAGUCAGGGGCAUUGGGAGGGUUGCCACCGUUCAGAAAUUUACACACCUGAAAUUUUGAGCUUAAUGGACAGAUUGCAACCUGAUUUCUCUGCUCCAUCAGGAGAAUCCCUGAGACAGGUAGAAUUCCGAAUGGUUCAGUUCCUAAACGGAACAGUUAUGGGAUUGCCAGAAAAACUGAGAACUGAUUUCUCCAUACCAGAUCCUAACGAGAGCCAGGGUUUUACACACCGAAUUUCUCACACCCAUACAAACUCGAUUCAUGACAGGGAUGGACAGUCUCUCCCAGCCCAUUGGGAUCUGCUUCACAGGCACCGGCAAGGAAUUCCUAGGAAAAAAUCUGGUAAGAGCAAGCUGCAGUUCAUGAGUACAACUGGAGAUCAUGAGGCUGAUGACGAAAUGUCCCCUCGGGAACCUUCUAACCAAGGCUCCAUUCAUGAAAUAAAUGUCAGGAGAGCCUCUUCCUUUGUCUCCUCGUUUAUUGGUGUGUUCACUCACUCGGUGCCAAUUAAGUGUCUUCUCACUGGCCUCCUUGGUUGCAGCCCUGUAGUCUCGCAUAAGAUUUGCAUAGAAGAUUCUUCGGUGACAGUGUUGCAACAUUCAUGGAAAAUGGGUUGGCAGAUAAAGAGAUUGAAUGAUACUUCACACCUUAGGCUUCUCUAGCAAGCAUAUAUGAGAUCCAUCAUUUGAAACCAGGGAUAUGGAAAAUGAGUGGAUAAUUACUGGCUGCAAACUGUCAUCAUAGAAACACAGGAAUUUAAACUGUAUCCUGCAGCUCUUGGUAUCACAUAACGUGGUGCUGCUUUUGCUCUUUUGUAACUUCUGUUAUAUUUAUUGCCAGCUUACUUCACUCCAGAGAAAAGAGAAUUGAUGCUGGAGUUGGGUCUUGGCCUCGGUUGAUUCUUUUGAUUUGUAGCAUUGACUAGUUGUGUUGUUCUAGAGUGGGAUGUGUAUUACCCACUUUGAGAGUUUAAUAACUUGUUGCUGGGAAAUACAGCUGUGUUCCUUUUCUUCUCUGUUCUCUUUAUAGGACAACCAAGAAAAUUGUUUGAGUAAAAGAAUUGGCAUUGCGUGUCGUAACUGGUAGGCUUGUUACUUCAUGCACCCUGAAUUCAAC